AUGGACGCUCCAGGCGGCGACAUCGAAGCAGUAGUGGGGUCGUUCCUCAACCUCCCGUCCGUUCCUGCCCUUACGCAGCCCACCGAAACCAAAGCCGCGUCGGCCGAGGAAAACACCUCCGCUGGCGACGCAAACAACGACGAAUGCGAAAGCAGCGACGAUGGCGACAACGACAGCGAAGACGGCGACGACGAUGCUGGCAACCAGAUGGAUUUGAUGCUCGCGAUGAUGCGACUGCUGCAGAAGCAAAUGCCUAAAAAGAAAAAGGCGGGGGUUAGCAAGAGCAAGAGCAAGAGCAAGCCGAGUGAAUCCGCUGCGCCGCUGCUGAACGGAAAGGGGACGGCCAUGGAUCAGGAGCAGCUGCUCACUGUUCUCUCUAAGGCGCUCUCCACCAUGGAUUCUCCCGACGACGAGCCCGCCACGUCGACACCCAAGCAGAAGCGCGCCAAGCUGAGCGCCGCUAGCGCAAAGCCCCCCCUUGCGCGCCAAAUGCCGCAGCUGGCGCGACCUAGUGCGGAUGUCGCCGCGCCCGCGCAGCAGAAGGGAGGGUGCGGCGCGGAGGGCGGCGAGGACACGAUUCUGCAUUGCUUUAUGGAUCAACUGCCUCAGAUCGACGGUCACCUCGACGCGAUGAUCGCGGCGGCAGAUGCGCCGGUCGACCCGCAGGAUGCGCAGCCGUCCCCGACGGAGCACGUCAGCAGCAGCGCAGGCGGGAGCGCCAGAGGCUGCUCCGCGCAACAGAACAACGCGCGCGACGACGGCGCGGGAUCAGGCUCUCGGCUUCCCCCGCCCAACACGCCGCAUUUCUCCGCACACGAGCGGCAAACGGCGCCCGUGGCGCGCCCGAACGUGAUGGACAGGUUCGGCGGUGUGGGAGAGGAUUUGUCGGCGGAGCAACCGUUGGGGUUCCCUGUGAGGUUUGGCAACAAUCGCAUGGAUGAUGGUUUCGCAGACGGUGAUGGUAACCACACGGCUGGCAAUGGCAGUCACGGUUACAAUGAUGGCAGUAACGGGUGUGACGAUGGAGGCAUGGGUUACGAUGAUAUGGGGGGGGAUGACAUGGACGACUGGAUGCCACGCAGCCGCGGGCGCAAGGACCGGCAGGUGGCGGGUGGGCGCAUCAAGGCGCGGAGCAUGGCGGAGAGGCAGAGGCGGGAGAGGAUCAGCGAGGGGCUGCAGAAGCUGCGGAUGGCAGUGCGCGGGCAUGGGGACACGGCUACCAUGCUCGACAAUGCUGUCGCGUACGUGCAGGCGCUGCAGAGGAGAGUGACAUCGUUGGAAACGAACAUGCUGUUGCACCAGGCGUCCUGUGGGGGGCUUGCCUUCCCCUGGACCUCCUGCGACGACAAAGCCGCGGUCUCCAAUCCCGAGGCUCCAGUAGCCGCGAAUUCUAAUGAUAAGCCCGCCGGAAAGAGCGGCGGGAAGAGCGGGAAGGCGAAGGCGAGAAAGGCGGCGCAGCGGGCGACGCAGAAGCAGCUGCUCGCGGCAAUUAUGGAGGCCCUCGCCGACUCAGAGGACACCGACGAGCCGUCCGCGCCAGAUUCCCCCACCGCCGCUUCCCCCUCGCCCGCAAAGCGCGCCAAGCAGGCUCCCAGCGACGCCGCAGCGUCCCGCCGGCUGCCGCAAUUGGACAGUCUGAGCAACAGCAGUCCCGCGAGCAGUGGUAACCCGUCGUCCGCGCUGCUUGAUUCGUUCCUCGGUCAGCUGCCCCAGGUCGACAUGCACCUCGACGCGAUUAUCGCCGCACUUGACGGCCCCGCAGCGGAUGCGCAGCCAGCGGCGGGUCAGACGGGGAGCAGCAGCGCAGCUAUGGCGCAGAUGCGGGCCGCAGCGCCAGUUGCCCCUACCGCAGCCGUGGACGGAAGCGAGGCGGAGGUUUCCCGCCAGUUGCGCCGCGCGCUUGGAGCUGCUAUCCUCCGCUGCGAACCGUGCCCCGCGCCCGCUGCUUUUGCCGCUCCCGCGCCUCCCGCGGCUGCGCUGCCAGUCCUUAGCCAUGCCACCCCGGUCGGCAGGACCCUCGCCCAUCACGGUCCGCUGCAGAUGCCCAUUCGCCUGCCCACUGUACCUUCCGCCGCGCCUGCGCCGCUAGCUAUCCCCGCGCCCGAAGCAGCAGCUUGCAUGAACAACGACAACUCCGAUGAUGACAUGGCGGGUUUUGGCGGAAGCCCCGCGUGCGGGGGCGCCAAUGGUGCAGCGGAUGACGUGGACGAUUGGAUGCCGCGCAGCCGCGGGCGCAAGGACAGGCAGGUGGCGGGCGGGCGCAUCAAGGCGCGGAGCAUGGCGGAGAGGCAGAGGCGGGAGAGGAUCAGCGAGGGGCUGCAGAAGCUGCGGAUGGUGGUGCGUGGGCACGGGGACACGGCUACUAUGCUCGAUAAUGCUGUUGCUUACGUGGACGCAUUGCAGCGGAGGGUGAGCGCGUUGGAGACCACUCUGCUGCUGCACAAGGCGUCGUGCAAACACCCUGGACAGACUGAUUGCGCCUUGGCCUCACCUGGAGAAUCUUCUGAGCUGUUAUAA